GUGAUCACCGCCCAGACAGAAGGAGGCCGGCCGUGCGAGCAGCUGCUAUGGUGCUGAGUUCCCCGGCAAAGCCGACCGAGCCGAGGCGGUCGCGGCCAUGAAGGUGGGGGAGUGGUGCUAAGGAUCAAGUAUACUGUUUAAAAAAAGAAAACAGUAACCCAAGCAUGAGGAAGGCGGGUGCCACAUCUAUGUGGGCCUCUUGCUGUGGGCUGCUGAAUGAAGUCAUGGGAACUGGAGCUGUCAGAGGCCAGCAGUCAGGAUUCGCAGGAGCCACUGGUCCAUUCAGAUUUACACCAAACCCUGAUUUCUCCACGUACCCACCAGCAGCUACGGAAGGGCCUAAUAUUGUUUGCAAAGCCUGUGGACUUUCAUUUUCAGUCUUUAGAAAGAAGCAUAUUUGCUGUGACUGCAAGAAGGAUUUUUGCUCCGUUUGCUCAGUCUUACAAGAAAAUCUCCGUAGAUGUUCUACUUGUCACUUACUGCAAGAGACAGCCUUUCAGCGCCCUCAGUUAAUGCGACUAAAAGUGAAGGAUCUACGGCAGUAUCUCAUUCUUCGAAAUAUACCGAUAGAUACUUGUCGUGAGAAAGAAGACUUGGUAGAUCUCAUACUGUGCCAUCGUAGACUAGGCUCUGAGGACGACAUGGACACAAGCAGCCUGAAUUCUGCAAGGUCCCAGACUUCUAGCUUUUUUGCACAUUCAUUGUUUUCAAACUACACAGCCCCCUCUGCUACUAUGUCUUCCUUUCAGGGAGAGCUCAUGGAUGGAGACCGGACCUCCAGAUCUGGCACACUGGCACAGGUACAAAGUGAAAUAGCUUCAACCAACACAGAAGAUGACGAUGAGGACGACGACGACGACGACGACGACGACGACGAAAACGUGGAGGGGCAGACUCCGGGGCUCUCCAGGGAGAGAGUGAGAGCUUCCCUGUCUGACUUGUCAAGCCUUGAAGACGUGGAAGGGAUGAGUGUGCGGCAGCUGAAGGAAAUCCUGGCUCGCAAUUUUGUCAACUAUUCUGGCUGCUGUGAAAAAUGGGAGCUGGUAGAGAAAGUAAACCGGUUAUACAAAGAGAAUGAAGAAAACCAAAAGUCAUAUGGCGAGCGGCUGCAGCUGCAGGACGAAGAAGACGACAGCCUGUGUCGCAUCUGCAUGGAUGCCGUCAUCGAUUGUGUUCUGCUCGAGUGCGGGCACAUGGUCACCUGCACCAAGUGCGGCAAGCGCAUGAGUGAGUGUCCCAUCUGCCGGCAGUACGUGGUGCGAGCCGUGCACGUGUUCAAGUCCUGAAACCGAGGCUCCCCAUCGGGACAUUCGCCCCUGAACCUGAUCCCAAACGUUUCAGUGCACAGAAGGGAUGGAAAGCUUACUGUUCCAAGGCUGACGCUAUUUUUAAAAAUUAUUUUCAAUACUAACAGGGGACAGAAAGUUUCCUCCUAAGUUGUGGAAACACUGCUUCAUGCCAUGAGCCCGUCUGCGUGCGGACACAUGACUUUCCAGGUUCAGGUGGGCUUUGUCACAAGUCCCGUGAACAUUAGUUGUUAGACUGUGUGUGACAUGGGGGCAGCUACUGCUGUCUUUGGAGGACAUUUAGCCUGUUCUGUUUGCCCUCAUCUUAUUUUUAACUACUCGGAUGUUUGGAACUUCUGUUCUCUCUGGAUGAGAUCACUGUCCACAAGUGGCCGACGUGGAACAUGCUGAGCAGUGGCCCCUCUGAAUGUUCACUUUAUUAGUCAUGUAUAUUUUAAAUGCUAAUAUUUGAUGAAUGUAAGUUUCCACAUUGUUGCUAUUUCUGCAUUUAAACGUAAUUGGGAACUGACAUUCUAUAGUCAACUGCCAGGGCCUUAGACUAAACAUGUCCAUUUUUGUUCAGGUACAGCUUUUUAUAGCAAGGGCUGCAUCUAGCUUCUUUUACUAGAAGUGUGUGUGCUAAAUUCUUUAUUAAUGUGUAAUCCGUUUACACAAGUUUUGUAUAGUGAAGGUGUAUUUUCAGUGCUGUCCGCUAGCUAAUUUCAACUUUAGGAAUAAAAUUAGAUUUUAAAAGCUU